AUCCUGCCCAUCAGCGACAUGGUGGCGUCGUCCAGCUCGCCCGGCGCGCCCUCGGCCGCCGCCCCGGGGCCCUUUGCGCCCUCGCCCUUCCCGGAGGUGGUGGAGCUGAACGUGGGCGGCCAGGUCUAUGUGACCAAGCACUCGACGCUGCUCAGCGUCCCGGACAGCACUCUGGCGAGCAUGUUCUCGCCCUCCAGCCCCCGGGGCGGCGCCCGGCGGCGGGGCGAGCUGCCCAGGGACAGCCGGGCGCGCUUCUUCAUCGACCGGGACGGCUUUCUGUUCAGGUACGUGCUGGACUUCCUGCGGGACAAGCAGCUGGCGCUGCCCGAGCACUUCCCCGAGAAGGAGCGGCUGCUGCGCGAGGCCGAGUACUUCCAGCUCACCGACCUGGUCAAGCUGCUGUCGCCCAAGGUCACCAAGCAGAACUCGCUCAACGAUGAGGGCUGCCAGAGCGACCUGGAGGACAACCUCUCGCUCAAUGAGAGCCGCGCCCCGGACCGGCAGCCGGAGAAGUACACGUCCCGCUUCUACCUCAAGUUCACCUACCUGGAGCAGGCGUUCGACCGCCUGUCCGAGGCCGGCUUCCACAUGGUGGCGUGUAACUCCUCGGGCACCGCCGCCUUCGUCAACCAGUACCGGGACGACAAGAUCUGGAGCAGCUACACCGAGUACAUCUUCUUCCGACCACCUCAGAAAAUAGUGUCACCUAAACAGGAACAUGAAGACAGGAAACAUGACAAAGCCACAGAUAAAGGAAGUGAAAGUGGGACUUCCUGUAAUGAGCUCUCCACUUCCAGUUGUGACAGCCACUCGGAGGCCAGCACGCCCCAGGAGAACGCACCCAGCGCCCAGCAGGCAGCAGCUCACCAACCGAACACCUUAACCCUGGAUCGCCCUUCCAAAAAGGCACCCGUGCAAUGGAUGCCCCCACCAGACAAACGCAGAAACAGUGAACUCUUUCAGACACUCAUCAGCAAGUCCCGGGAAACCAAUCUUUCCAAAAAGAAAGUCUGUGAGAAGUUAAGUGUGGAAGAAGAAAUGAAAAAAUGUAUUCAGGAUUUUAAAAAAAUCCACAUUCCGGAUUAUUUUCCAGAGCGCAAACGCCAGUGGCAAUCCGAACUGCUGCAGAAGUACGGGUUGUAGUGCUGCUCCCGUUCCGUAGAAUUUCAAUGACAUGCGGUGUUUACUAUGACGUCACCACCUGACUGACGUCACCACCUGACUGACGUCACCACCUGACUGACGUCACCACCUGACUGACAUCAUAUGGUCGGUGUGAUCUUUGCUGCUCUUAUUGUGAACAGUGGAUGUGGGACAGUAUUUUCUUUCAUUCUUUUGUUGUUGUUUUUAAAAACAUUAUAAAAGAGGAAAAAAAUGAAACCAAUAAAUGUUGUAUCAAAAUGAGGUAUCCAAUUCAAACUAUUUUGCAAGAAUGCAAAUAAAACGUGCAUGAUCAAGAAGCUUAGCAUCUUGAUAUUUGAAAUGAUUAUGGUCAACCGGACCUGUUUGACAUUCUGUAACUCACGGAAAACAGAUCAUCACAUCACACCAACUAAAAUGAUGAUAUAGAUGAAGCAACAGUUAAGUCAAAUUUUAGGUGACGGUGUUAGGAUCCAAAUCCGAAACUGUUUAACUGUUAAUGCAAUAAAAAAAAAAGUAUUAUUUUUGCAUGAGCACAAUGCUACAAAUAAAUCACAAGAAAUAGGGACGAUCUGUUUGUUGCUUGGAAAGAAAAAAAUUACAAAAAAAU